CUAAUCGGGCAAUUGAAGAAGAAUAAGGAGGACGAUGUUCUUCUUCUUCGCUGGAGGAGUAGAGAAUCAAGUGAAGCAGGUACUGAAGAGCGGGGUGGGGAGAUGCAUAGCCUGCGGAUCCAGAGCGGAUCUGGUCGACUACGAGAAGGUCUUCAAAGUCUUCUUCGUCCCCGUUUGGAGAAGGCCCGGCGACCAAUCGUCCCUUUAUUGCAACAACUGCAAGCUUUUCUUCCCCCAGUCACUAUCCCCUUCCCAAUUUCCGCCGCCGCGCUCCACGGAUGGUCUGAGCUGUGGCUUCUGCGGCCGGGAGGUUGAGGCUGAUUUCCGGUUCUGCCCCUAUUGCGGUGCCGCAAUUUGAACCUACUCUCUGUUUAUAGUAACGUCUUCCCGUUCUCGUUUGAAAGAAGCAAAUGAAAUAAAUUUGCGACUUGUCAAUGUAUUGUACUGCUAUAUUGACAUGGCCAUAGUUUUACACUUUCACUGAUGCAAUCAUUCAAACUCUUAGCUGCUAAAUACGAGAUGUACAGAAGACAGGUUUUGAUCUCUAUAUAGAAGAGGGGCGCAUUAGAGCAUCCAUAAUCCAUAUCAACUACUCCGUCCGUCCCUAAAUAAACUUCCAACUUUCCUUUUUCGUCCGUCCCAAUUAAAACUUCCACUUUCCCUUUUUGGCUAGAAUUUGUGGUUCACAGCAAUUCUUACACAUUUCUCUCCUCUGCACAACUCUCCACCACACAAUACCCACUAUCUUAAACUCUGUGUCAAACCUAUUUGGAAGAUAUAAUAGGGACGGAGGGAGUAAUUGUCUAAUCAAUACUUCCUUUGUCUCCAUUUAAAGUUUCAUAAUAAUUUAUUAAGUUGAGUUUUUCUUUUAUGAUUUUAUAAAUUAUUUAAUGCUCCAUAUAAUUUUUGAAAAUGUAAAUUUUAUUUGCUAUAUAAAGUCUAAUUAGAG